ACCAAAUACCAACCUAGUCCAAAAUAUCAUGGCAUGACCCUGCUGCCCAACAGAACAGCUUGUCUGUACUGCAUCCAACUACACGGGGGUAAAGUCCAGGGCUGUGCAGUGUCCUAUACGGAGAAGGGCAAAUUCAGAGGGCAACCUGCACAGAGGUUUCAUAGCACAGCAGAAGGUGGAGAGCUCAGAAGUCCCCUGUACCUGUUGCCAUUGGGCAGUCUGUGCAGAGCUUGCAAAAGAGCCAGAGGCCAGCUGAUAGCGGAGCAGGAAUAGUAGCACUGCCAGUGCUGCCACCUCUCCAUUCCUGUGCUGAUCCCUUGCUUGGCCGCUCAGCCCCGCUGUUCGACGCUGUCCCACGCUGUCCCCAGGCAGAGAGCCCGUGGUGGAGCGCAGCAUGGCAAAGAAGGUGGCCAUCAUCGGCGGGGGCAGCAGCGGGCUGUGCGCCAUCAAAGCCUGCCUGCAGGAGGGGCUGGAGCCCGUCUGCUUCGAGAGGACCGGCGACAUCGGAGGCCUCUGGAGGUUUGAGGAGCGCCCCGAGGACGGCCGGGCCAGCAUCUACCGCUCCGUCAUCAUCAACACCUCCAAGGAGAUGAUGUGCUUCAGCGACUUCCCCAUUCCCGACGACUUCCCCAACUACAUGCACAACUCCAAGAUCAUGGAGUACUUCCGCAUGUACGCCCGGCACUUCGACCUGCUGCGCCACAUCCGCUUCAGGACCAGCGUGUGCCGCGUGUCCAAGCGCCCCGACUUCGCCAGCAGCGGCCAGUGGGAGGUGCAGACGGAGAGCGAGGGCAAGCGGGAGGCGGCCGUCUUCGACGCCGUGCUGGUGUGCAGCGGGGCUCACCCCAGGCCGCUCAGCCCCGCUGUUCGACGCUGUCCCACGCUGUCCCCAGGCAGAGAGCCCGUGGUGGAGCGCAGCAUGGCAAAGAAGGUGGCCAUCAUCGGCGGGGGCAGCAGCGGGCUGUGCGCCAUCAAAGCCUGCCUGCAGGAGGGGCUGGAGCCCGUCUGCUUCGAGAGGACCGGCGACAUCGGAGGCCUCUGGAGGUUUGAGGAGCGCCCCGAGGACGGCCGGGCCAGCAUCUACCGCUCCGUCAUCAUCAACACCUCCAAGGAGAUGAUGUGCUUCAGCGACUUCCCCAUUCCCGACGACUUCCCCAACUACAUGCACAACUCCAAGAUCAUGGAGUACUUCCGCAUGUACGCCCGGCACUUCGACCUGCUGCGCCACAUCCGCUUCAGGACCAGCGUGUGCCGCGUGUCCAAGCGCCCCGACUUCGCCAGCAGCGGCCAGUGGGAGGUGCAGACGGAGAGCGAGGGCAAGCGGGAGGCGGCCGUCUUCGACGCCGUGCUGGUGUGCAGCGGGCACCACACCGACGCACAUCUCCCGCUCAGCUCCUUCCCAGGAAUUGAGAAGUUCAAGGGCCGCUACAUCCACAGCCGAGACUACAAGGAUGCUCAGGCGUUCACAAACAAAAGGGUUGUUGUCAUUGGGAUUGGGAAUUCGGGGUCAGACCUGGCUGUGGAGAUCAGCCAAACUGCCCAGCAGGUCUUCCUCAGCACCCGCCGGGGUGCGUGGAUCCUCAACCGCGUUGGAGAUCAGGGCUACCCCAUUGACACCAUCUUAACCACCCGCUUGAAGACAUUCCUGCAGGAGCUGCUCAGCCCAUCCAUGGCAUGUGACUACAUGGAGAAGAAGCUGAAUGCCAGGUUCGACCACUCACGUUACGGCCUGAAGCCAAAACACAGGGUCCUUCCACAGCAGGAUUUCCUGUACAAAUACGUGUUCCCCCCUGAUCUGGAGAAGCCAACACUGGCUUUCAUUGGCCUCGUCCAGCCCCUGGGUGCCAUCAUGCCCAUCUCAGAGCUCCAGUGUCGCUGGGCCACCCGUGUCUUCAAAGGGCUGAACGAGCUGCCCCCACGGCAUGACAUGGAGGCUGACAUUGAGCAGAAGAAAGAAGCGAUGGCAAAGCGGUGGGAUUCCACGAGCGUCCAAAGGAUCCUGCUGGCAGAUGUCACCGCUGCCAGCGUGCCUCUCCCACCUGAGACAUGCUCCCUCUCCGUGCUGCUGGCCAAGCACCUGCUGGGGUUGGAGAAAUUUGAGGGCUGGUACCUGCACAGCCGAGACUACAAGAGCCCUCAGCCCUUUUUGGGAAAACAGGUGGUCGUGGUUGGCAUUGGGAAUUCAGGCAUUGAUAUCGCAGUGGAGCUGAGCCACACAGCCAAGCAGGUUUUCCUCAGCACCAGGCGUGGGUCCUGGGUGUUGCACCGGGUGGCCAAGAACGGCUACCCCUUUGAUUUCAGCUACAUCAGCCGCUUCACGCAGCUCCUCCAGAACCUGCUGCCUCCAAACAUCAGCAGUUUCUUACUGGAGCGAGAGCUGAAUGCCCGCUUUGACCACACGCUCUACGGCCUAAAGCCCAAGCACCGGAUCUUUGACCAGCACCCGACCGUCAACGAUGACCUGCCCAACCGCAUCAUUUCGGGCAGGGUGAGGGUGAAGCCGAACGUCCAGGAGUUCACAGAGACAUCUGCCAUCUUUGAGGACGGCACCAAGGAAGACAUCGAUGCCGUGGUUUUUGCCACGGGAUACAGCUUCUCCUUCCCGUUCCUUGAGGGCUGCGUGAAGGUGGUGGAGAACCAGAUUCCCCUCUACAAAUACGUGUUCCCCCCUGAUCUGGAGAAGCCAACACUGGCUUUCAUUGGCCUCGUCCAGCCCCUGGGUGCCAUCAUGCCCAUCUCAGAGCUCCAGUGUCGCUGGGCCACCCGUGUCUUCAAAGGGCUGCAGGGCCUGCCGCCGCCCGCCGACAUGCUGGCUGAAAUCACACAAACCAAGCAGAGAAUGGCCGAGCGGUACGUGAAGAGCCAGCGGCACACCAUCCAGGUGGAUUACAUCCCUUACAUGGACGAGCUCGCCUGCCAGCUGGGGGUCAAGCCCAGCCUGCUCACGCUGUUCCUCACGGACCCCAAGCUGGCGGUGGAGGUGGCCUUGGGUCCCUGCACGCCGUACCAGUACCGGCUGCGGGGCCCGGGCGCCUGGGCGGGUGCCAGGGAGGCCAUCCUCACGCAGCAGCAGCGCAUCCUCAAACCCCUGCAGACACGACACGUGGAAGAGAGCACCUCAGCCCCUGCCAUGCCCCUCAUCUUCAAGCUGGUCGGGGCUGUGGCCAUCCUGGCAGCUGUUUUUGCUUACUUGUAGGUGCCCUGCAAGCACAGGAAGGGAGGCUUUGCUCUGUGCUGUGGGACUGGCUGGCCACCCCUGCCCCUUCCUCCUGCCUGGCACGGCCCAGCUGUGACCACACUGUGAGCUGGGGAUGCACAGAACCUCCCCAGCUGCCAAAAUAAUGCUUGAACUUCUGCUCUGCACCUCCCCUUGGGGAGUGCCAUCGUGGACAGAGGAGGAAACCUGCUCACUGCGGGCUAAAUUCCAGUCCCUCUCAGCCAGCGCUCCGGGCUUUUCUGUCCCCUCUAACCCAGUCGUGCCAAUUUUGCCACACGCUCCCAGCAGCAAAGGCACAGCACACUUUCUAAAUAGAUAAAUGCAUUA